UGCUUCGAAGUUAUCACAAAACAAAUCGAUUUGUUUCUUUUUUUUUCUUUGGAUUGUCGUACUCGACAGGCUAAGACCAUUGGUUGGUCCAUCUCGCCAAUCGAUUUGUUUCUGUUGUUUAAUUUAAUAAAUUUAACCAUGUCAACUACGCCAGAACCGGUCAAAGUAAAAGCGGAGCCCCACGAUUACGACGCUUCCAGCAGUCCCUUGGAUGAAAAGCAUCGUCUCAAGCGACUGCGGUCACUGAGGAAACUCCUACAAAAUGCUAACGUUUUUGAGUCGUUGAAACUCCGCUACCUGGAGUCGCUAGAACUCCGGAAUGAAGCACCCGAUAAAGAAGCGCCUACCGUAACCAGUGAUGUAGCGGGGUGGAUUUGCGAGGUGUGUGGCCAGACUUUCGGAAGCACGAAGAACAUGCUCCGGCACAUGGAGGGAUACCACACGAUUCCGGGAUCGGUUAUCGAGCGCGCGGGGAAAUCGCUCUUCCGGUGCAAGUUUUGCGAGUUGGAGUUUCCUGCCCGAAAUCAAUUGCUGAGGCAUUGCCAGCGGAAACAUGCUGAAUUGGUCAGAGCUAGGAAGAAGUUUCUCAAGCAUAAUGAGGGACUAUCCCAGGAGAAGAUCUGCGUUUACUGCAAUGUAAAAGCUGGUAAUUUGGAAGAGUUUGUAACGCAUUUGGAAAAGAACCAUGCCGGAAACUUUUGUGAUAUCUGCUACAAAGUUUUCCAGGAUUCAACCUUUGUAAUCCUUCAUCGUAGGGUGCACUUGGGGGAAAACCCGUUUGCUUGCGAUUUAUGUCCGAAGGUUUUUAGGAGCUUGCAGCACGUGGGAGAACACCGACGUUGCCACACGGGGCACAAGCCAUACAAGUGCGUCGAAUGUCCGAUGGGGUUCGCCCGGAUUGGAGAUCUCAACAAGCAUAAGAAGUUGAGGCACACGGCAGUACCAUCAUACUUAUGUUCCCAGUGCCCGGAAUCAUUCCACAGUUCUUCGUUGUUCCACCGGCACAAACAGAAGCAUCAGAAGGCAGUCGAAAUGGGUAUUGAUGAUACGAGACCGGCAGUUUUUGCAUGUGGCCAGUGCAAUGAGUUGUUCGAAAAUGGGAACGACCGGAAGGAACAUGUGUUGGUCCGACACGCCGAGGGAAGACCGUUUGAAUGCGGGGAUUGUGGGAAGAGGUUCAAACUGGGAAGUCAUCUGAAGGCUCAUGCGUUGACUCACAGCGGAGUCAAGUCGCAAAAGUGUGAUCAAUGUCCUGCAGCGUUUUACUUGAUGGGGGAUUUGAGGAGGCAUCAGAAGACACAUCGCAAAAUGGAGGAGAGCUAGGAGAAGUUCAUAAAAGUUUUAAUACGUAAGUACUUUUUUAUGCCGAAAUCCUUAACAGGACUGGUAGCAGUUCUCUAUUGCUAGAUUUGCAAUGAGCGGAAUGAGAGCAUUUAGCUCCAUACCACAAUGGAUUCAAACAGCGCCCUAAAAAGGGCACUUCAAAACGCAUGAGCGUAAAGAGAAGAGAGAGCCUAUAGCUCGUUACUUUCAAUACAUUUCAAAGUGAGUAGGGACUUCUUUCAUACCGAUACCAUUGAAAACUAUCAUGUAAAAUUGAAAA